AAUGUCUGGAGCUCCCUGUCCACCACCACUAGUCGAUCAAAUUCAUAAACAAAUACCUAGUUGUGAACAUAUCCUGAUACCCUACGGGAGCACCGAAUGUAGUCCAGUGGUGAGCCAUACAUCCAUUCACGACUCACCCAAACAUCGACUCGAGUCAGUCGGCCGUCCCAUCGAGCACUUGGAGAUCAAGAUCGUGGACCCGAUUACCGGUGCUCUCAUGAGGACAGACGUGUCGGGCGAGGUAUGCAUUCGAGGGCACUGUACGUUCGUUGGGUAUUACAAUCAAAUGGAUCAGACCCGGGAUGUGCUCGAUGCUAAUCAUUGGUAUCAUACG